AUGCCAAUGGAGAGAGAUCCGAGGAGAGGCAGCAAUAUCACUGCCUCAAUUGCUAACCUUCCAGAAUCAUUGUUGGGCGAUCAACCAUCACCACCACCAGGAGGAGGAGGCAGGGCGUUUCCAACCAUGCCUGGGUCGGAGUUUGCCCGAUCCAUUUACGCCGACCAGGCCAGAAGGGAGGUAGAGCAGUUGAUUGAGGAGCUUAACGAUCGUCGUACCCGUGAACAGGCUCUGCAAGGUCUCUCUAAGCUGAAGGAGGUUCCUGACGUGGCUCUAUUACUGUGGCAUACCAGUGGUCUCAUGUUUAUGCUCCUAAGGGAAAUAACUGGUGUAUACCACCUGAUGUCAACCCCAAAUCUUACUCAGGAAGUAUCAAACCGAGUUUGCAAUACCAUAACUCUGUUUCAGUGUAUAGCUUCUCAUCUAGAGACAAGAAAGCCAUUUAUCAGAGCUAGCAUGCCAUUGUAUCUCUACCCUUUCAUUGGCACUGAGAACAAGGACAAGCCUCAUGAAUAUCUCAGACUAUCCAGCUUAGGUGCUCUUGGGGCCCUAGUGAAGGGUCACCCACCAAAUAGAGAUGAAGUAGAUCCAGAAAUUAUACACUUCCUCCUAGAAAGCCAGAGGUUUGAGAAUAUUUAUGUUCCUUUGAAUGUGCCCGCACAUGUUCUGCAGGUGGCUACAUUUAUAGUUGAAAGAAUUCUGACAACUGAUGAGGGACUCAACUACUGCUGCAAUUUCGGGGAUCGGUUUUAUGUAGUAACUCAUGUUCUUGGAGAGAUGACUGAUAAGCUUCUUGAAGAACCUUCUGCCCGCCUGCUUAAACUUAUCAUAAAGUGCUUUCUUAUACUGUCGAAAGGUCCAAGGGACAGUGAAGGUUUAAGAUGCUGUAUUCCUAAGAGCUUAACACAUCCCAAUGCUAUUAACCUCCUCUCUGGUGACCGAGACGCCAUGCGGGGUCUGCAACAGCUCUUGAAAAAUGUUUCAAAUGGGCACCAGGUUCAUGUAUCACCCACUGGGGAGCUAGUUGGGUACUUGAUCGAUGGCUAG